GUUGAGUUGGUUGUUGAGUUACAUGCUUUUAAUGGGUUGUUGAGUUAAUUUGCGAUUACUGCCGGCCAGUUGCACGGCACCUCCUGCAAGAUUCCCCAACCCUGGCCUUGGAUCUCGACCCUCACCACAGCAGCUGCGCUGCGUUUUUUCCCAACCGGCAGCCACACCACAGUAAACAGCCGUCCACCCUUCCACCACCAGCAACCGCUUCACUCCCUGCGGCCAGCAACUAGCGGCUGUGACAGCAGUAGCCCUGAGCCGUGACUCCAUCCACCACCACACUAACAACUCUUCUCUCCGCCCCUUUCUCUUGUUCACCUAACCGUACAGGUGAUCUAGAAGACCUUGUUGUGUUUGUUGAGAGGAAUGGAGGAGAUUGUAGAGCAGCAAAGCCAAUCACUAGGUGAAGAUGUACAGAGUGAAAUAACUAUGGAGGAUGCUGCAGUAGUUCAUGGAGAACCACAUCAAGAUGGUAGUGGUCCGCCUAAAGUGGACACUGAAGUUGAGGUUCUUCACGAGAAAGUCACCAAGCAAAUAAUUAAGGAAGGUCAAGGUGAAAAGCCAUCCAAAUAUGCUACAUGCUUUGUGCACUACAGAGCAUGGAGUGCGAGCACACAACACAAGUUUGAAGACACAUGGCAGGAGCAACGGCCAAUAGAGCUCAUUAUAGGCAAAGAGAAGAAAGAGAUGCAAGGCUUAGGAAUCGGUUUAUCAAACAUGAAGUCUGGAGAACGUGCCCUGCUACAUGUUGGUUGGGAACUAGGAUAUGGGAAAGAAGGAAGUUUCUCAUUUCCAAACGUUCCACCCAUGGCUGAUAUCAUAUACGAAGUUGAACUCGUUGGUUUUGAUGAAACCAAAGAAGGUAAACCACGUAGUGAUAUGACAGUUGAAGAAAGGAUUGGUGCUGCAGAUCGACGAAGGAUGGAUGGCAAUGCUUUUUUUAAGGAGGAGAAGCUAGAGGAGGCCAUGCAACAGUACGAAAUGGCAAUAGCAUACAUGGGAGAUGAUUUCAUGUUCCAGCUUUUUGGGAAGUACAGCGAUAUGGCUUUGGCUGUCAAGAACUCUUGUCAUCUUAACAUGGCUGCAUGUUUCAUAAAGCUCAAGAAAUUUGAGGAUGCCAUUAUGCAAUGCAGCAUUGUACUUUCCGAGGAUGUGAACAAUGCCAAAGCACUGUACAGACGAGGAAAAGCAAGAGCGGAACUAGGGCAAACAGAAGCUGCAAGAGAAGACCUUCUAAAGGCUCGUAAAUAUGCUCCUAACGACAAAGCCAUCACGGCAGAAUUGCGCUUACUUGCAGAACAUGAAAAGCUUGUUUAUCAGAAGCAGAAGGAGAUGUACAGGGGAAUGCUAGGACCAAGACCUGAACCCAAGCCCCAAAAAACAAAUUGGUUAGCUCUCUUUUGGCUAUGGCUGGUUUCAUUGUUUUCUAGGAUAUUUAAGCGGGAAACAAAAAAAUCCGACUAAAUAUUAUCUAUUGUUCCCGAAAAUGGGGAGGGCCGAGUUUAGACGAGCAAAAAUGAAUUUACACAUAUGUAAGAGCUGUAUAUGGUUCUCUGUAUCCUUCUUCUGUAAACAAGUUUGUUCUGCUUUGGCCUCAACUUUAUAUCCGAAGUUUCUGCUAAUGUUGAAUGGAGCUUGUUUUACUGAACAAUGAGAGUGACCAAGCGAUAGUGAAUAUGUGAAAACUUUAUUAUAUUGAGUUGUGUUUUUUUUUUCCAUCUUAAUAUAAUGCCAAAUUUGGCUUAAACUCA